AUGUCUCGCCGAAUCGAUCGACUUCCAACGCCGACCCAUGUCGAACCUAAGAAGCUGAUAGUGCUAAGCGCACCUAGGACUGGUACUCAUGGCCUCUACCUGGCUUUGAAGCGCCUGGGCUUCAAGCCGUUUCAUAUGGCCGAAAUCAUCAAGGCCGGGCCGGAGCAAGUAGAACUUCUGAACGACGGGCUCUACGCUGAGAUGUUCCACGAGGGCAAACCAUAUGGCCGUGCAGAGUUCGACAAAUGGUUCGCCGACUAUGACAUAAUUAUAGAGAUGCCUUUCUUCAUGUUACGCUCGACGUUGGAAGCCUACCCAGACGCCAAAUUCCUCCUGACGGAACGGAAUCCGGACAAGUGGGCGAAGUCAUUCGAAAACACAGUCGGCAUGAUGGCCGAGAAAUUAACGAGCUUUCCGAUGUCCGUCUUCAAAUACUUUGAUGCGUUCGCCUACCACAUGGCUCGAAUGGGCACAGUGGUACUUAAUUACUACACCAACGGAUGCGGUCUGACGCCAGAAGGGCAUAAAAACCUGAUGAAUAACUACAGCAACUAUAUCGCGGAAGUAAAGCGUCUUGUCCCACCAGAGCAGCUGAAAGUUUGCAAACUCGAGGAUGGGUUCGGAUGGGAUGAAAUCUGCCCGUACCUAGGCGUCCCGGUACCUGACGAAAAGUGGCCGUCACUUAACACACCAGAAGAGUUUGGCGAAAUCGCUAAUCCGAAGGUGAAGAACGCAUUUAUGAAGGGCAUGUUCGGUACAACAUCCAUCAUAGCCCCCAUCGUCGCUGCGGGUGUCUGGUUUUUGAAAAGUAGAAAGCUGUCUCUUUGA